AUGCCGGUCCUCGCUUUGAGUCCCUACGCUCCGGAUGAGCCGGAGAGCUUGAUCAUCAAGGAGCGCGGUGUGCUGUCCGGCAUAGGUUUGGGGCUAGCUGCAUGGGGUAUCCUCUUCACUCUGGCCGUGCAAUGCGUUGCCGCACUAUUACCUCGUGCACGGCGGGAGAUGGGCAAGGCUACCCUGCUGGUCUAUGUUAUUGUCAUGUUCUCACUCGGGACCACUGCCAUCUUCUUGCAUCUGCAUUGGGUACAAGAGUUCUUAAUCGACAACCGUAACUACCCCGGCGGGCCCAUGGUCUAUGAUGCAACUUUCUAUGCGAACGCAGUCAACAUCACUGGGGUUGUUUGUUACUUCAUUAUGAACUGGAUGGCGGAUGGCUUGCUGUUGUAUCGCCUCUACGUCAUAUACGGUCAACGCUUUAUCUUUGUUGCAUUCCCUCUUUUGAUGUUCUUGACAUCUUUCUCCCUGUCCGUGGUCGACCUUUAUACUCUUGCCCAACCCGGGAACAGCAUGUUCACCGACUCCGCCGUCAACUUUGGCUUGCUUUACUGGUCUUUCAGUAUCGCGCUCAACGUCCUCGUGACGGCCGCAAUCGUUGGUCGUCUUCUCGUCAUGCGCGCUCGAUUGGCCAGCAUCAACGGGCCAAAACACGCCCAACUCUAUGUCUCUAUCUCCGCAAUGCUCAUCGAGAGCGCCUCAUUGUACUCCAUUACGGCUAUCGUCUUCCUCGUUGGCUACUCCCUACAAGACGCUUUACAGUUCGCGGCUGAGCCAGUCGAGAUUCUCCAGGGCGUUGCACCACUCAUGAUUAUCCUCCGAGUCGCGCGCGGAACAGCGAUCAGCGAUAUUACCGUGGGGACGGGCAAGGGCACGCGUGGAGGCACGGCUUCCACGGGGCCGCAACUCACGUCCAUGCAGUUUACGCCGAGCGCAAGUCGUGGGACGACCACCCGGACGACGCACCUGAGCACUACGUUCAGCGAGGAGGUUGAGAUCGGGUCGCGAGCUGUGCACUGGCCAGACAUCUACGAUGGUAGUCAGAGUCAGACAAGUGGCUUGGAAAUGAGCGCAUAUAGUCCGACCGACGCCAAGGUCAAGGCCGCGCUGCGAUGA